UAGCGCCCCACACUGGAGCGGAGGACGCGAGAGUCACGUCUUUACGUCACUGCAGUCUUCACGUGGUGCUUCUAAACAUCAUGGCGGCUGGUUUCAAAACCGCAGAGCCUCUAGAAUAUCACAGGAGCUUUCUGAAAGAAAACUGUCGUCCAGAUGGAAGGGAAUUGGGAGAGUUCAGACCCACAACCUUAAAUAUUAGCUCUAUAUCUACAGCUGAUGGAUCAGCACUGGUGAAAAUUGGAAACACCACAGUGAUCUGUGGGAUCAAAGCUGAAUUGACUAUGCCGCCAUCUGAUGCGCCAAAUAAAGGAUAUAUAGUCCCAAAUGUAGAUCUGCCUCCACUGUGCUCAUCUAGAUUCAGACCCGGUCCACCAGGAGAACAGGCUCAGGCUGCCAGCCAGUUUAUCGCAGAUGUCAUUGAAAGUUCAGAUUUAAUAAAUAGGGAGGAAUUGUGCAUUGAAAAAUCUAAGCUUUGUUGGGUGCUGUACUGUGAUAUUAUGUGUUUGGAUUACGACGGGAACUUACUUGACGCCUGUAUCAUAGUUCUGCUGGCAGCUUUAAAGAACGCCCGACUCCCUGAAGUCACUAUAAACAAAGAGACCGAUUUAGCAGAAGUUGACAUCCAGAAGAAGAGGCACUUGAAGAUCAACCGGCAUCCAGUUGGCUCAUCAUUUGUAAUAUUUGAUGACUCUAUAAUCAUAGUCGACCCUACAGCGGAAGAAGAAAGCCUGUCAACAGCAUUACUGACUGUGGUAACAGACGAGGAGGAUCGACUCUGUGCCGUCCACAAACCAGGUGGGACGUCGUUAUCUGGUGAGAAACUGCAACACUGCAUAAAUCGAGCCAUAACGAGAAACAAAGAAAUCAGCAAACUGGUGGACAAAGUCAUUGAGAGCAAGAAGACGGCGAAAUAAACACACAGUCAUGACAUUUUUAUCUAAAAGAUGUAUUUUUCACUGUCAAUAUAUACUUUCUUUUUUAUCACAAUAAAACUGCCGACAAAGACCAUUUACAAAAA